AUGCAGAAAGCAUUGCCUGAAGGAGCGACUAUCGCUCCGAUUAUUUUAUCAUCAGACAAAACAACCUUGUCACAGCAUCAGGCUUCGGCGCGUGCGACUGUGCUUAUUGGCUACUUACCUGCGGGGAAACUUGACUGCUUCACUCCUGAGGAACGCUCCCUGGCUGGAUACCGUCUCUUCCAUCACUGCAUGGCCCUCCUGCUCCAUCCUCUGAUUGCUGCCAGCAAUGAUGGUGUCGAGAUCGUGUGCGCUGACUCAUGGAUACAUCGUGUGUACCCGAUUCUGGCCGCAUACGUGGCCGAUUUCCCAGAACAGUGUUUGGUGGCCUGUUGUAAGGAAAAUCAGUGUCCGAAGUGUCUUGUUGCAGCAGAGGAGCGAGGGGAUGCACUGCACUCAGAGAUGUGUGAUCCUAAGACCACCUGGUGA